GAUUGUUCGUCACACACCCACCAGCAAUGUGCAGAUGAGUUGAGUGUGUUGCAGUCUGCCUUCUUGAGCACAACUGUGGGAGGGACAAGCAUGAGUGCCACUAUGUACACAUGGUGGCCAUGGCGGCCCGUCCGCAAUCGUGCCCAUAAGGGACAUCGCAAUACAGCCGACCACCACACGCACAAGCCAAUCACUCGACCAUCAGCUGAGCUGCUCGUUGACGAAACGGCUGAUGAAGUGUGCCAGCUGCCCCCUCCCUAUCGCAUCACGAAUCGCCACAAACAGCCGACUGUACGCCUCAAGAUUGUGCCUGCAUGACAUGAAUGCAACAACCACCAGCAUAACAACACCACACACACAGACAUGUGCGCCUCUGUUAAGAUGUGCCGCUGGUCAUCGACCACAUCACCUGGUGAGCAGCAGCUGCGCGUUCAUCUCUUUGCAGUUGGCCAGGUGGUGGAUGUAGGCGCGACUGUACUCAACAGGACUCCACUCACACAGCUUCUGUUCAUCGUCGCGCGACCGACACACAGGGACAAUGAAGAGAAUAUGUGGCAAGGAUGGAGAAAGUGAGCUGUGUCCCUCCCACAUCGAAGUUGGUGGCUUGGGACGUGUCCGUCAGGUCCACUUGCAAAGCAGCGGGGAGGUCGGCCAACUGAUCGAUCAAGGCACACACACGCCACCAUGCGUGGAUGGAUGACAGCGUCCACCUGUCCGGCUUACGUCUUGUUCGACGAGCGUCUUGUUGACGAAUGCUGUGGCAUCAUCCGACCCACCAUCAUGGCCCUGCUGCUGUCCAUCUUCCCUGCCCACACUGAGGGCAUCGAAGGUUAGCGCCACAUUCUUGUCGGCCAUCUGCAGCGGAUACCUACCCAGCCAUACGCACACACACGCAUCGGCCGAUCACGUGCUGCCCGUGUGGUAUGGUCAGUUACGUGCAUUCGAAGACGUCCACGCCCAGCCACACACCCUGAAGCACCUCUACUGCAGAAGACAAAACACAAACAGAACACGCCAGAGGCAUUGGAAGAGCUCUUCUCUGCGGUGUGUUUCAAUCCGACACUCACCUGGUGACCCCCUGCAGGGCAUCAGCCGCGGCUUGUCAGCUGGGAGAUGCUUCUGAACCAUACAGAGGCCCCCAUCCACCCACCCAUUCUCUCUCUUUCUCUCUCCCUGUGUCAUCUUUUCUCUCUCUCCGCAACACUGGUGGUUUACCAUAGCUGCCUGCAACGCCGCUGCCCUGUCUUUGGACGUCUCAUCGUAUCCACAUCCGCCGAGAGAGAAGCCUGCCACCUCUGGCUUGGCCGCCGCAAGCUUGGCAGCCGUCUCACGCCACUGCGUGUCACUACCACCUGCAUCGAUGACACAUGAACACGUUGGUGGCUGGCCGUACGUAAGACAAGACGGGAGUGUGUGCCCCGCCCGCUACACGACCACGAGCUCACCUUGUAUGUUUGCAAUGAUGCUGACAGAAUAGUCGGCCCGAAGCUGAAAGGAAGAAACCACACACACACACAGAGAGAGAGAGAUGAUGACUGACAAAGUGGGAAGGUGACACGGUAUACGGUGGGUGGAGUGGUCCCAUCUCACUCACUCACUUACUGCUGUGGUCUGCUCGAUGAUUUCAUCCAGACUGAAGACACAUCAUAGAAUACACACACAGCAUGAUUUUCUCUCGUAUGUGUGUGUGUGUCUUUCUUAGGUUCACUUACUUACCAUUUCUGUGCCUUCUCAACGGCCCUCUUCAGCCUGGAGGACGACACACCAAACCACACCCACACCCCCUAUGACACUUGGCUUGUCUGUCUGUCUGUCUGUCUAUGUCAAGUGAUAUGUAUGUGUCUUACGCACUUCUUGCCCCCCGCCUUGCCCAUCGGGCACUCCUCAGCAAUGGAUGUCGCCAGCAGAGGCUGAUUAAUGAACCACACAGACAGACACGCUGUACACCCUCAUGUCCACCCUUCCGUCUGCGCUCGGUGCGCUUGCCUUGAGUGUGCGUGUGAUAUGCACCCAGUCCUUGCUCAACACCUUCCGCCGACCCCCAGUCGUUUGCUGACCACACAGGCACACAUGCACGCGACAGAUGCGCCGAUGGCAUGACAAAACACACGGAUGGAUUUGAUGAGUUUAGUGUUUUUUCUGACCACGGCCACAGCAUCGCCCUCAAACACACCCUCAGCCAGAAGCGGAUCGCGGAAAUUCUAAAGGAAGGCGCCCCGAGUGGAACACAGACAUGCUGUGGUGUGGUUGCGUUGACUCGUACGCUGGCUGACCAGACCAUAUGGCAGUGGAAUCGAUGCAGUCCGAGCAGCUUUUUCUUGCAUGGGUCGGGAUACGCCUCUAUCAGCGACUGCCGCAGCAACCUGCACACAGCGACCCAACCACACCACACCCACCACACAUCAGUCCACGGGCGGCUGGUGAGUGCAGACCUUCUUACAGACGUACAUUUCUCCACACGGGCAGUCGACGACCCGUAUCUCGCCCAUCGACUCCUCCGUCCCGCUGCCAUGCUCAGCCGUGCCGUCCUCAUCUUGACCCGUCUUUCGUUUCUUGGGCGGCCGGCCGACCUCCUCCAGCAGCGGCGGCAUUAGGUGGUUCGGGACACCCCUGACACCCAUUGCAGAAGUCACAGAAUGAAUGCACUUUCGCGUCACGGUCUUGUGUGGACUCGACCUGGUGGUGACGAGGAACAUCGUGGGCGUCGGGAUGUCGCCCUUGAGCAUCCCCAGACGUCCAGGGCCAUCGCUCGCUCUCAGCAGCUGGAAGAGAGGGGCCGAAGCAUCCUCGUUUGAAGCCAUUUUUCGGAGAUCUUCGUCAAUCCCGCAGAUCACGUAUGUCCUUGAGCCUUCACAGAGCCCACCAUUCAUCCACACGCGCGAUUUCGCACCAACGACGAUCCCUUUCAGCAAGCUUGUGGCUUGCACCUCGGACCCCCCCUCUCACACACCUUUCCAACCGCUGUUUCGCAUUGAUAAGCAUUGAGGUAGUAUGUGUGC